AUGAUGAGAGGGAUGCUGAUAGCUCGAGAUCACUGGCGCGCGGGGAUCUUGUGUCUCCUUUUGCUCGUGGCUUUGACGGUGGGUCGUAGUCCGCCGGCGCACAGUGUAAACGAACCAAGCAACAUGUCAUAUGUCAAAGUCACUGUGGAUAAACUACUCAAAGGCUACGACAUCCGCCUCAGGCCUGACUUUGGAGGUCCUCCAGUUGAUGUUGUUAUGAGUAUUGACAUCGCCAGUAUCGACAUGGUGUCGGAAGUGAACAUGGACUAUACCAUCACCAUGUAUUUCCAGCAGUCCUGGCGUGAUAAGCGCCUGUCCUACACAGGGAUUCCUCUCAAUCUAACUUUGGAUAACCGAGUUGCUGAUCAACUCUGGGUGCCUGAUACUUACUUUAUAAAUGACAAGAAAUCUUUUGUCCAUGGGGUCACAGUGAAGAACCGCAUGAUUCGCCUUCAUCCUGAUGGGACUGUGCUCUACGGCCUCAGGAUAACUACCACAGCUGCUUGUAUGAUGGAUUUGCGCAGAUACCCGCUGGAUGAGCAGAACUGCACGCUGGAGAUUGAAAGUUAUGGCUACACCACAGAUGACAUUGAGUUCUACUGGCAGGGAGGAAGUUCAGUGACGGGGGUGGACAACAUUGAGCUGCCACAAUUCUCUAUUAUUGAUUAUAAAACACUGUCUAAGAAAGCGGUGUUUGCCACAGGGUCAUAUCCUCGUCUGUCUCUCAGUUUUAAACUGAAGAGAAACAUAGGAUAUUUCAUCCUGCAGACCUACAUGCCCUCAACAUUGAUCACCAUCCUGUCCUGGGUCUCUUUCUGGAUCAACUAUGAUGCUUCCGCUGCAAGAGUUGCACUAGGAAUCACCACCGUUCUGACUAUGACCACAAUCAACACUCAUCUAAGGGAGACUUUACCCAAGAUCCCUUAUGUGAAGGCCAUAGACAUCUAUCUGAUGGGCUGCUUUGUCUUUGUGUUCCUGGCCUUGCUCGAGUAUGCCUUUGUCAACUACAUAUUCUUUGGCCGUGGUCCAAACUUGCAGAAGAAAGUGUCAGAAAAAGCUGCAAAAAGCAACAAUGAGAAGAGUCGCUUGGAGAGUAACAAAGUUCAGGUUGAUGUCCAUGGAAACAUUCCUCUAACAAACCUUGACCUGCGCCUUAGCGGGGCAGAUAUGUUAGGUGCUCUUGGGGACCCGAGGAACACCAUGUUCUCAUAUGAUAGUGCCAGCAUCCAAUACCGUAAGCCCCUUACAGGUCGGGACCUCUACGGCCGGCCCACUGCCUCUGUCGAGAGGCCAAUGGCACAAAAAAAGAGUCAUCUAAGGAGGCGAGCCGCUCAGCUAAAGGUGAAGAUUCCCAACCUGACAGACGUAAACGCCAUCGACAAGUGGUCACGUGUCAUCUUUCCCAUCACCUACACCUUCUUUAACUUAGUAUACUGGUUGUAUUAUGUCCACUAGGGAGCAGCACUGACACGACCCAGCCAUUCACACAUCAGACUCUCUUACCCUCCUUGUGGUUUUGACUGUCUUCUCUGUAAAUUAUUAAGAAUAUAUAAUAUAAAUCUAAAUUAUAAUUUUUAAAUAAGACAAAAUAACUUAAAAUGACUGCCCAACUUUUAAAGCUGUUAAUUGUAGAUUACGUCACAAAUAUUAGUUACAAUUUUUGCGCUUUGCUUCUGUAGGACCAUUUUCACUUACUGCAGAAAGUACAGCUUCAGAAUGGGGAGAAAAAGGCUUUUCUUUAGAGAUGACUGACCUGCAGCUGUAGACAGGCUUAAAUCUUAAAAACAGCAUUCAGAAGUUUGAUGUGUUCAUCAUCCAUCUUGCAUAUAUUGGAGGCCUGAAGGUCUUAAAGGGAUGUUCUUAGUUUAUUACAAGCUUUAUUGACAACAUUUGUGGUAUGAAUUUAAUUACAACAGAAAAUACUUUUAACUAAUUGCUCAGGUUUUAAUAAAUCAUUAAAAUUGGGAAUGAAUUACAAAUGACUUUUGUCUGGUACUUUUAUACCCUGUAGAUUUUAUUAAAGAUUUAUCACUUUGUUUUACAAAAUUAUUAAAAAUAGUUAUUUAGUAUAGUGAAAUUGUUUCUGUUUGAGGUCAAGAGGUCAGUAUGACAAAAGAUUAGAAAGAUUACAGUAAGACACCUACAAUGGAAGUACAUGUGCCAGACAACUGAAAUAAUAAUACCACAUAACGCAAGUUAUUCACAUUGGAAUGACAUGACAUAAAUACGGAUAAUAUGCUCACGGAUACCUGAAAUUGAUGUAACAGUUGUACUCUGCUUACAUAGAGCAAGCUCCACCUGCAAGUGCAAGACUAAAUGUACAGUAUAUAUACAGUCAUAUACUUUUAUACGAACUGAAGAGAAGUUCAUUUACCUCUAAUAGUAAUCCCUUAAAAGUAAUUUUAUAGUGAGUUGUUGAAGCUUAACUUGAACGAAAACCCGGAACAUUCCUUUAAAAUCAAGACCUUCUGCCUCAGUUUAGACACAUCACAUACUGUACAUUAAACCUGUUCAUCUUAGUAAGACUUUAGCAACUCUGCUACCAAGAAAUGAGCAAAAGAGCUCAUGGUUUGGGUUACAGCAUUUAUAGGGCUUGGUUAAGAUUAUCUGUCUAUAUGCAACACACUUGUUCUCUAUCAGAUGUAGUCAG